CCGUCCAGGUCUUAGUACACUCAGGAGCAACCAGAACCUUCUCUUCGUGAUUUGAUAAAAUACAUUAUCAGUUUUUUAUCUCAAUCUCCACCAAUCAAUGCAAGCUGCUGCUCUGGCAUUCAUGGCGGCUCACUCAAUCAUCAUCUCCUCACCAUGUCCCAAUCCAACACUCUUCUUCUCCCACUCUCCUCUUCCUUCCUCUUCCUCCUUCCAUGGCGUCUCCUUCAAGCUCGACCACCAAAAAUCCAACUUCCACUCACUUUCUCUCUCUGCAGCACCAAAGCCACUCUCCAUCGUCGCUGCCGCCACCAAGAACGCCGUCGCCGUUCUCAAGGGCACUUCCGACGUUGAAGGCGUCGUCACCUUGACCCAACAAGACGACGGUCCUACAACCGUAAAUGUCCGUGUUACUGGACUUACUCCUGGGCCUCAUGGGUUCCACUUGCACGAGUAUGGUGACACGACCAAUGGUUGCAUUUCCACAGGAGCACAUUUCAAUCCUAACAAUUUGACACACGGUGCUCCUGAGAAUGAAGUCCGUCAUGCGGGUGACCUGGGAAACAUAAUUGCCAAUGCUGAGGGCGUGGCAGAGGCAACAAUUGUAGAUAAUCAGAUACCACUGGGUGGUCCUAAUUCUGUAGUUGGAAGGGCUUUUGUGGUUCAUGAGCUCGAGGAUGACCUUGGGAAGGGUGGGCAUGAACUUAGCUUAACCACUGGCAAUGCAGGUGGAAGAUUGGCAUGCGGUGUGGUUGGUUUGACUCCACUGUGAUGGCGAUUCUUCAAUCCGGCCUUAGGUAUUGGACGCGGAUGCGCUGGUUUCUUAAACGGGUACGAAAUUUUCUUGAAUGUGAAUGUAAACUGUCGUGUGAUAUUAUGGGCAACUGAGUUUUUGAUUUUAAUCAUAAUGUUUGUAGAGGACAUCUGUGAUUGUUCUUGGUAUCCCUACCCUGAUCAAUAAACAUGGAGUUGCUAUGCAUGCACUGUAAAAGUUGAAAACUCCUUUGGUGAUUGGUGAAAGCACUAAACUUUUUUA